GUGUGGCUGAGAACUCUGCAACGGCUGUGUGAUGCCAGGACCACGCGCGUUUCCAGCAGGGUUGAAGAACUCGCCAGUUGUGACGCCGUCAUGGUACGAAAAGCGAAGAACUCCGGUUGUCAGUGAAUUGACAAAUGUUUUUACCUGGGCCAAGUAUCUGGUUUAUUGUUUAAAGCAAAUUGAUCGCGGAGGACUAUCCGCAGAGCAUCGGAAGCAGGCUUAUCGGGAAGUAAUUGUGCUAUUAAUAUAGGGUUUGGGCCAGACUGUUAAAUUGAAGCGUCUCCGAGUAGAAGACGGGUCGGAAUUUGCUACUCUCGUGGAGCAUCAGGUCCGUUCCACAUUCCAGAAUUCCACGGAUAUUUCAUAAUUUGUGAAAGCAAGAGAGUAGAAGCAGCACGAGCUCGCGCUGCAUCGUACAGGGCAAAAUUUCAACCCCAAGGACGGCUAAGUCCAAAAGCGCCGCACAGCAGUUUUCCUAGGAUUAAUACAAACGCUCCUCUAUAUCUCAAGGUUAGAAGUGUCUUAGCCGAAUUGAAGGAGGGCGGAGCAUCCCAGAAGCAUCUACAAGAUGGCGUGCGGCCAACGUGGGAACCGAAGGGGCCUCCACCAUCGACGAAGGGUCAGUGAAUAACAAUGUCAGAGAUGAACGACGCAAUGAUCCAGACGUAACUUUCACGACUCGAAACAGACUGAAUUAUCCAAUCGGGGACAACUUUAGUGCAAUCAGCCAUUAUGAUCCCAAAAUUCGACGGGAGGAGAGGACGGUUAAUACUGAAUCCGGAUAGCAUCAAUGCUCACUCACAAAGGAAGACCGUUCGAACAGAAGGUCUAGAAAGACUGGCUCAUGUUGCCAGACCGGGGGAUGUAGCUAUGUCAGCCGAGAUAAAGGACGGCUCCUAUGCGUUAGCUGUUGGCAACCCCAGGCUCGGGUAGUUUCGCUACCAAAAGCACCGGCUAUGGUGCUUCCUGGCAUUUUCGAUGGGAUCAAUAUUUUCUUUAGGAUGGAUUUUCUCUAGGAUGGAUUAAAGAGAGCUCGAUGUAUACGAAUAAUUCUAUCUGUAUGUCGACGAUCUUUUGUUAAUAGGACGACCGAAAAUUGUCGGAAGCAUGCCAGGAUCAUAAUAAUAAUAUGCAUGUUCCAACUCUAAUUCGAACCAGGAAAAGGCCAUUAGACAACUCCAGUGAGCAGACUCCAACACUUAGACGUUGUUAUUAUUGAGAACAAACACCAUCGAGAUGACUCCGGAAUUCAAAGCGAAAGUUCUCAGACUAGCAAGCGCAAUCCGGAGCUUGGAUCUACAGAACGAACGUCGCAUGCCCAUAUAAGCUUGGCAAUCGUUCUUAGGUUGCCUCUUGUGAGUGGUCUUCUCCGUGCCCAGUUUGAGGGUCUUUAUAGCCGACCUGCAGCAAUUAACGAUGGAUUCACGCCUCCCGAAUUCAAUUAGCUGGAGUGACUUUCAAGAAGAUAGAGCGCAUUUCGUUUUAUGUGGGGAUCUUCGAUUUCCGCCAAAUCUGGCUGCCAGACCACCAGACAACUAUCACCUCCGACUCCUCGAAGAUGUGCUUCAGUGUCACACUCCGGUGGCAACGGACGACGUAUACUUUUGCCGGCACUUGGAUCCUAACAGAGUCACUGGCCAAUCCCAAUACUAAACUCAAGGCACUCGUUCUAGCCUUCGAGUUCUUCUUCAAUAACACAAAGAUAGAGAGAACGGCACUGCUUUGGCUCACAGGGCACUGCGUUAGAUGCUCUGCGCAAGAGAAGGUGUCAGUUGAAGUUGAUGAACGCCCAACUUCACAGACUGGUGUGGUAUUGUCACAAGAACAUGGCUCCCUGGCCAGUAUUUUUCGGGGGUUUGCCAGGAAAGCUCAAUCUAGCAGCUGAUAUGCUUCGCGCAGCGGCAGGCUACUUCAGUACCACUGGACGGUAACGCCAGAAGCAACCUUGUCGCUAUUCCAGAAGUGACUCAUUAGACCAAAUCCAACAUAAUGUACAUACCCGGACAGUUACUAUCUACGUUCGCGAACCGGUUCUGUUUCACGCCAUGUGUGACUAAACUUUGAAACUUCUCGCUCCACCAGAGACAAUGAUUGGCCAGAUAUUAGAGCAGCUCGACAGGCGCCUACGCCAAGCAGUAUAAAUCAUUCCAAUUUGGCAGAAGGCCAUAUGGUUAUGGUGGCCUCACAUUACUCGACAUGGCAAAUAGUUAACUAUACUCGAGCCAGGAGUGGUCCAUUACCCAAAUUUUGUAGCCGACGAACUCGGCAUGGCCGUUCCGUCGUUCCCCCUACGCGUAUAUACGGGGCAGUAUUACACGAGCUCAGCGGCAGCGUGUGAAUGCAGCUAUAGAUCGCGCUCGAGUCUGAACCCAAUUGCGGAAUGGAGGGAUAGUGCCCGGCACACAAGAAAACUACCGGGCAGCUUGCCAGUUCUGAACCAACUAAGUAUACAAUCACCACCACAGUUCCAAUUAGAGACCAACUCCGCUUCUUAAAGUUCUGCUUCUAUGAGGCUUGCGCCCCAGAUCAGAUACGUCAGAUCCGGGCAGCAAUCAACAGCUAUGCCCUUUGCCAUGUCCUCAUCAUGCUGGAGGACACGACAUGGCAGCGCGCGGUACAGGGAGUAUAUGUCCCUGUGGAAGCAAGGCAAUCAUCCCACAGCACCCGACAGGCCUCACAUUCCUGGUGCUUGGCUUUCUCAGGUCCUUGAUGCAACAGGUCUUCCUGAGAGCUCGCGCGCCCGUAUUGGUGUCCUUUGGAUAUCCGGGGCCAGGCGAGAUAUGAACCGGGCAUUCGCUCGCGAUUCUUUUACGUUCGUCUCAGUAUCACACUCCCUCCUCAUUGAUUUGAAGAAGAAGAAAACCGGGAACGCUCCCAAGUGGCCAAGCUAAUUACUAGACCUCUCGAUAGCGAUACAUAUGCAUUCUUGGAACACCAUCUACCAGACGCUUUUAGAUCGUCCGACGGCGUACAAGCGCCGGCAACCACUCUGAACAAUCUUACUGACGAGGUAAGGAUCAUCACCAUACGUCAGUACUUGGUGUGAGCUGAUCUUGCUGCCAGCACAGUCAACAAACAUGUCCAGUGCGUUCAGUCUGAGAGUGCCGGACGACAUUUCCGCUACCACAAUGAGCAUCGAUAUCAAAGCGUCAGAAAGCUAUCGCUCGGUCACCGCCGCCUCCGAGGCCGACCGCAGAUUCAACAGUUGUUUGUUAAACGAGAACCUCAUAGCAUUGUUCAUUCUUUUUUAUAAAGCUAUAAAUUGUAAC